UAACCACGUGAUGCAAACAUAAUAUGGCAGCAGAAAUAAAGUCGGGUCCCAAACAGGGGAAUGUACGAAAACCCGAUCUUUUCAGUAAGCUAGAAGGUUUUAAUGAUGAUGUCAAUAUGGCCGUGUUCAUUCCCCGCGAGGACGGGGUCAUUACUGUCAGUGACGACAAAACCUUGAGGGUUUGGUUAAAACGUGACACUGGACAAUAUUGGCCAAGCAUAUGUCACACUCUGCCAUCACAAGCAGCAUCCUUGGCUUAUAAUGAAGAAACAAGGAGAACAUUUAUUGGAUUGGACAAUGGCACCAUAUCAGAAUUUAACCUCGCUGAGGACUUUAACAGAAUGUCUCAAACCAGAGAUUACUUGGCUCACCAAGGCCGAGUGACCUCGCUGAAGUUCUCCCUGAACUGUGAGUGGGUGCUGAGCUGUGCAAGGGACAAGUAUUUUCAGUGGCACUGUUCAGAGACCGGGCGCCGCCUGGGUGGCUACCAGGCCUCAGCUUGGUGCCUCUGUCUAGAAUUUGAUGAACAAUCUAAAUAUGUCUUUGUUGGAGACUAUUCGGGGCAGAUAUCUGUGUUAAGGAUUAGCAACACAGAGUUUUCAUUGAUUACCACACUGAAAGGUCAUUCAGGGAGUGUGAGGAGUUUAUCCUGGGAUGCUGAGAGGAGUCUGCUGUUCUCCGGGAGUUACGACGAGUCUGUGAUUGUGUGGGACAUAGGCAGUAAGAAGGGGACGGCGUUUGAACUUCAGGGACACCAUGACAAGGUUCAGGCCCUAGCAUAUGCCUCUGGGAGUAAACAACUUUUAUCUGGAUCUGAUGAGGCGAUACUUGGUAUCUGGAAUAUGGAUGUGAAAAGAAUAGAGACCCCUAAUUGGGAAGAAAGUGAUUUGUGCCAAAAAUGCAGUUCGCCUUUCUUCUGGAAUUUCCGGCGAAUGUGGGAGGAGAAGACUUUAGGUAUAAGACAGCAUCACUGUAGAAAAUGUGGAAAAGCUGUUUGUAACAAAUGUAGUGCCAAAAAAUCCACAAUUCCUCCUUUGGGGUAUGAAUACGAAGUACGGGUUUGUGACGAUUGCUUUUCCACCAUCACAGACGAAGAGAAAGCUCCACUGGCCACUUUUCAUGAUGUCAAACAUCAAGUUAUUUACAUGAAUUUAGACCAAACCCGCAAGAGAUUGUUGACUGUGGGCAGAGACAGGGUUGUUAAGAUAUUCAUACCGGCUAAUCAUGGGUAUAUGACUUAUGACCGAUACUUUAUCUCGUCACCAUGCAGUCAUGUGGAAGGGGGACCACAUCCGGCUACAGCAAUUACUAAUUUCCAGUUCCCAAGUGGAAUCCCGUGUAUAAUCUUUGAUACAUCACUUCAAAUCAGUGUCAUUGGAGUUUUUAAAUCCGGUCCAGAGGCAAAACAGAUUGAGCUGGACAAGAAAGCUGUGAUAAUGAACAGCAGCUAUUGCGAUGAUGGGAACUCGUCCAGUAUCGACUUUUUCUUGGAGGGAGGGGUUGGGCUCACCGUCCAGUUCCUGAAACUGAACGACUCCGUAAAAAUGAUGCCAUCCAUAUCGUUCGUCCCGGGAAUUAUUUUCAAUGCUACAUCUGAUACCAAUAACGUGAUACUGCAUAGCACCAUGGGCAAGCUCCUGCCCCCAGCUAACGUGUCCUACUCCUGUUACACGGGGGACACGCCCAUCGUGAUGACGAACGGAAGCAGUGCCAAUAUCUCCUACCACGGCAUCAUCUCCCUCACACAACUACGGGUGCAGGCCUUCGACAUCAAAAACGGGGACCUCAGUCCAGGUGAGAGUUGUGACAUCACCCCCAUCACCAGCGUCGCCCCUCCCAUCAAACCCGUGACCCCCACCCCCGGUAACCCUCCUGUACAAACCUACUCGGUGAAAAGCGGCAACACCGACUGUAUCGUACUGCAGGCUGGAAUAGAGUUCACAUUACCCUACACGAGUAAUGGAGCGCGUUUGACAAAGACCAUUGGUGUGCCGAACAACACCCGGGUGGUGGGGAUGUGUGGUGGGGGCGUGGCCACCACUCAGUCCCUCUCCCUGAUGUUUUACGGGGACUGGAUCAUGAACUUUAUUUUCUCGCACACUCUGUCGGACUCCUCACCCCGGCGUCCAUUGCUGCUGGACGGUACCAUGUAUGGAAUAAAGGAAAUUUCCUUGGAGUAUAACAUCUCUUCUUAUUUAUUCCCUGACGCCGAUGCAAAAGACGAGAAACUGUUGUCUAAGAUAGUGUACAAGACCCCCGAGUAUCCGACCUCAGUGGGGACCAGCUACAGGUGUCAGCCUCCGACCAUUGUUGACGUGCAAGGGAUCACGACCAGAAUGACGUCAUUUCAAUAUUUGGCUUUCGGGAACCAAACCACGUCAUCCUUUGACCCGAAGACGGUGACUGACUGCCCAGCCAUCACCCCUUUCGCCACCGACGACGAUGACCACACAGGGACCAUCUUGGGCGUGGUCAUCGCUGUCUUCUUCAUUCUCAUGGUUCUCGUUGGAAUCUACAUUUACAGGAGAAGAGGAAAGGUGUCAUAUGAACAAGUGUAUUAACUUAUCAUGGUGUUAAUAAAAUUUUUGGGUGAAUGUGUGAGUAAUAAUUCAGACUACGUUGAAAUGUUUCAUGAAAUACUGUAUGAAAAGACAGAUUGUUGUUUAAUAAAACCUGUACCUCCUCCCAUAUUUUUGUGUUCUCU